UGUUUACAAACAACAAGACUUUAUUCCAAAUGCUUUUGAUGUGUUACUUUCAAUAAAUAAAAUCAUUAAUAAUGUCUGAACCAGAAAUAGUUGAAGAUUUUUAUGGAGUCUACCUGCUUUACAAUAUAAAUCCAAAAUAUAAGGGUCGCACUUAUAUAGGAUACACUCGAGACCCAAACAGAAGAAUAAUGCAGCAUAAUAGAGGUACCUGGGCUGGUGGUGCUCAUAGAACUAGUAACAGGGGACCUUGGAAAAUGGUAAUGAUAGUCCAUGGGUUCCCAAACAACAUUUCAGCAUUAAGAUUUGAAUGGGCCUGGCAAAAUCCAAACAAAACAACAAGACUGCAACACCUAGACUUAAAGAAGAUACCCAGAAAAGAAACAGAGUAUCAGUUUAAACUUAGAGUUCUAAGCGAAAUGUUGAGAGUCGGUCCAUGGUGUAGACUUCCUUUAAUGAUAAGGUGGCUGGAAAAUGAAUACAGAGAAGAGUUUCCACCUGAAAGAAAACCACCAGAUCACAUGACAGUCAUCCAAGGCCCAGUUAAAAGCUACAACCACAAGAAAACCAAAGACAUUACCUCCGUUCCCACCAUAGAGUGCCUAUUGUGUUCCAGUUACUUGAAAGAUACAGAAAAACUCAGUUGUACAAACGCGACCUGUGAUCUAGUAUCACAUAUCAAUUGUUUGGCAAAUCUUUUUCUUCCCCCUGGUGAAUACAUUCCAAUAAACGGUUAUUGUCCAUUUUGUAAUACGAAAUUGAAAUGGGGUGAUCUGAUCCGGAAAAUGAAUGGAUAUGAUCAAGGCAUCAAAAAUGAUGAACCUGGUGAAGAUGAUGACAAUGAUGAAGUUAGUACAGAAGAUAGAGGUUUUGAUAAUUUUGAUGACAUUGAUGAUGUGGUUUGCACACAGGACAAUUUCGACAAUGAUGACGUUAUUUGUACUCAAAAUUUUGAUGAUGUUGCAUGCACACAAGAUGGAGUAUUUGUCGACGAUCUUGAAGAAGACGAUGACGUCAUUUGUACCCAGGAUCAAUUCAAUAACGUUGAUGAUGUUGUUUGCACAAAGGACAGAGUAUUUCAUAAUUUUGAUACUGGUGAAAAUGACGAUGUGAUUUGUACACUAGAUGCAUAUAAGACUGACGAUAAAAAUGAUAAAUAUGAUGAUAGUGAUGAUGAAGUGCUGUUUAAACGUGAUAAAGUUUACGAUGACCAACCUUCCUGGUUCCUUGACUGUAAUGAAAAUUUAUGACCAGACAUUUCGAUAUUGGAUUUUGGUCUGAUUUUAUAAAAAGAUAAUAUUAUUUUGAAUAAUAACAAAGUCUGUUAAAUUUAACAUUUUAAAUUGCUGAUGCUGUGAUGCUUAUUUUUUGUACCUAUUUUUGAAUGCAAUAAAAGUA